CGUUUUUAACAUUUUAAGGUAAAUAUUGCACUUUAAAUAACAUACGUAAGUAAAUAAAUGUAUUUAUAAUGUUUUAAUAAUAUUAUUAGAAAAAAAAAUCGUUCAGUCAAGUAUUAAAAAAUAAAUAGAUAAACGAUUUUAGGAUGAGCCUCUUUUACCUCAGCAGAGGGUUUGUUUAUUCAUGGGCAGGCUGAUGCACAGUGCGUGCGCAAAGGAUUGUGGGCUCGGCGCGUAUGUUUCCAUCAUGGCGGCGUCAAUUUCGGGAUACACUUUUAGUUCUGUGUGUUAUCACAGUGCCAACAGCAAUUCCGACCAUGAGGGCUUCCUGUUGGGAGAAGUGAGACAAGAGGAGACUUUAAGCAUCAGUGACUCACACAUUGGUAGCUCAGAAUUCCUCAAUGUAAUAGAGGUCCAUAAUCAUGAACCUUGUGCACAACUGUUUAGCUUUUAUGACUAUGCAGGUAACGUCAAUGAAGAAAAUCUCAACAGAAUCCUCAAGGACAGAAGAAAAAAUGUUAUCGGCUGGUACCGGUUUAGAAGGAACACUCAACAGCAGAUGUCAUUCAGGGAGCAGGUGAUCCAUAAGCAGUUGACCCAUAUACUUGGCAUCCCAGAUCUGGUCUUCCUCCUCUUCAGCUUCAUCUCCACAGCCAAUAGUUCCACACAUGCUUUGGAGUAUGUGCUCUUCAGGCCCAACAGAAAGUAUAAUCAGAGGAUAUCUCUAAGCAUCCCAAACCUGGGCAACACCAGUCAACAGGAAUAUAAAGUCUCAUCUGUGCCGAACACCUCCAAGAACUACGCCAGUGUCAUUAAAGAACAUGGGACUGAGUUCUUUGAUAAGGAUGGGGUGAUGAAAGACAUUCGUGCUAUUUUUCAAGUAUACAGUGCCCUUCAAGAAAGAGUGCAGGCGGUGUGUUGUGAAGUGGAUCAAAGUGAACGAGUGAGGGAGAAAAUCCAAGAAGAAGUGAACAAACUCAAAGAGGAAAUCGCUCUCAGGAAACGUAACAGCGCUGAGGAAGAGAGAAGACUCCAAGAGGCGGCCGCUGUCACGCUUCCCGAAAACUCUGCCCUUCCAGACUCCUCACACUCUUCCCUGACUCGAGUCGUGCUCUCAGGUCCCUCGGUGGAGCCCAGUUUAGAGAGACCCGUGAACUCGUCAUCUCCACCAAUCUACAGCACCACACUGCCUCCAGAUUCACCAAGCGCUAUACUGCUGCCCCGGCCCCAAGCCGUAGGUUCGCCCGGCCACCCAUCUCCCAGUUUGGGCCUGGGCAACGGAGACGGUUCGAGCUCGGAUUCCCUAAACCGCCAGGCCACCGGCCAGGAAGACCAGGAGGAUGAUGACGAUGACGAGGACAGUAGCGAGUACGAAAAUUUAGUUAGCGAGCAAUUGCAACCACCUUCCUUAACAGAAACUGUUACGUUAGGACGACCGGCUACUCUGUGGCCCGACGGAGACGCCCACAGCCCGCCGGGCUCAUAGUAGUUGAACAAACCAACGGGGAUAUUGAUGAACGAACAGAACUAGGUGUGAUCGUGUGGUCGGUGGUGUUAUGAACACAAACAAGCACUUGCCUUUUGUGAGUUUGACAAUGUUGUACACAUUUAACAGCUCUGUGCAGGGGACGUCAUCAUGUUUCGACAAACUCCGGAACUUCGAAGUGGAAUGGAAUGACAUCCCCAUCCAUGACCGACAGCCCCCCCUUUUCUCCGCUUCAUGCUCUCCUCUCUGGUUUUGUUCGAGUGGAGAGGUGCAACCUGCUUAUCUCGGCGUCUGCUACUCACUGGAGUCAUUCGGUUCUUGCACCAUUUACCUCUUGCACUGUUUUGCCUUCUUUUGAUCUGCAAUUGAAUAGAAAAGCAAAGGGAAUGAUGUCUUUUUUUUGCGGCCUUCAAACACGUGUGAGCUUGUUCAUUGUCUCGCUUCAUAAAUCUGAAUGGACAGAAAAAAAAAUCACAGUUAUAAUAAGUGCUUAGAUCUACGGCUGACACUUGAACAGUUCUUGUUCUAGAAAAUGUAUUUUAUUUUUGGUUUUAUCAGUUAUAUUUGAUUUGAUUGAGUAAUAUAAUGGCCUAUUCAUGAUCAGUUUUGGUCAACGAUUAUAAAAGUUACUUUAAUAAGGGGUGCUUGUAUUUUCUAUGACAUACUGUAGAUCACUACUAAUUUCAUUAGCUUCAAUCAAACACAUUUUUGUCCUAAUGAAUGAAUCGAUUAUCCUGUUAUUUUCUGCUGCACUUCAAACUUUCACCAUUGAGCUUUAAAUGAAUUUUCCGGUCGAACGGAGCCAAUCAGAAACUGGAAGGGUCAAAAUGCAGCAUCAUCGAUCUCAGGAUUCUUUUACAGUACCAGGACUGUUGCUUUCUCUCAUCAUCUUGUCCACAUGCCUUUGUUCUUAAGUUGCAAAGACGUGAUUGCUCAAAGCGAUGCAGCAGUGGAUCAGUUUAGCGCUCCAUGAUAACUUCAAAUAAAGAUUUCAGCCAUAUGCAGCAGAUCUUUAAAGGUAGAAGCACAGUUUUGUCAUCUGUUAGUGGAUGUUUUGCCAUGUCUGAUCAAACCAAAAUGACAUUUCCCUCAAAAGACUGUAUAUGUGUGAAUCUCAGAAAAACAAGUCUGGGUCAUUUUACCAUUAACCAUUAAAAAUAAAAAUAUACCAUUGAAUAACAAAAUUUAAUUUACCUUUAAAGGGAUAGUUCACCCAAAAAUGAAAACUGUCAUUAAUUAUUCACCUCCAUGUUGUUCCAAAGCCGCAAGACCUUUGUUCAUCUUCAAAACACAAAUUAAAAAAUUUUUCUGAUGAAAUCUGAGAACUUUCUGACCCUGCAUAGACAGCAGUGCAACUGACACAUUCAAGGCCCAGAAAGGUAUUAAAGGAACACUGACAUGGACAAGGAGAAAUUGUUGAAUAAAGUUCUUAUUUUUGUUUUCUUGGCGUACAAAAAGUAUUCUUGUAGUUUCAUAAAAGUACAGCUGAACCAUUGAUGUCACAUGGACUAUUUUAACAAUGUCCUAACUACCUUUCUGGGUCUUGAACAUGGUAGUUGCACUGCUGUCUAUGCAGGGAUAGAAAGGUCUUAUGGGUUUAGAAUGACAUGAGGGUAAUUAAUGACAGAAUUUUCAUUUUUGGGUGAACUAUCCCUUAAAUACCAUAUAUAAUGGUAAAUGAUAAAUACUUUUGUUUAAAGUUACUAUAUAAUGGUAAAUUUGCAAUAUAUAUACUCAUAACUGUAAACAAUCUAUAGGUCUACUUUAGAUUUUUUUCUCUUUCUCGUAAUACAGUAAUGUUUUACCUUGUCGACAAAGUAUAACAAUGAAGUUUGGAGAUUUAGUGGAAACUAAUGUUAGAAUGUAAAAAACAUCACGAAAAUGUAAUAGUCCACUCCUCUUAAGUUUUUUUCCAGUUACAAAUAUUAUACAAAUAUACAGUUGAGGUCAAAAGUUUACAUACACCUUGCAGAAUCUGCAAAAUGUUAAUUAUUUUACCAAAAUAAGAGAGAUCAUAUAAAAUGCAUGUUAUUUUUUUUUUAGUACUGACCUGAAUAAUAUAUUUCACAUAAAAGAUGUUUACAUAUAGUGCACAAGAGAAAAUAAUAGUUGGAAUUUAUAAAAAUGACCCUGUUCAAAAGUUUACAUACGCUUGAUUCUUAAUACUGUGUUGUUACCUGAAUGAUCCACAGCUGUUUGUUGUUUGUUGUUGUUGUUUGUUUUGUGCUUGGUGAUAGUUGUUAAUUAGUCCCUUGUCAUGAACAGUUAAACUGCCCGCUGUUCUUCAGAAAAUCCUUCAAGUCCCACAAAUUCUUUGGUUUUCCAGCAUUUUUGUGUAUUUGAACCCUUUCCAACAGUAACGGUAUGAUUUUGAGAUCCAUCUUUUCACACUCAGGACAACUGAGGGACUCAUAUGCAACUAUUAUGCAACAUAUUGAAUGAUGAUGUGUACAUUUUUCUUAUUUUGCCUAAAUAUAUAUAUUUUUUUCAUUUAGUACUGCCCUUUAGAAGCUACAGAAGAUACUUACAUGUUUUCCAGAAGACAAAAUAAGUUAAAUUUACCCUGAUCUUCAAAUUUAAAAAGUUUUCACCCCCUGGCUCUUAAUGCAUCAUUUGUCCUUCUAAAGCAUCAGUGAGCAUUUGAAUCUUCUGUAAUAGUUGCAUAUGAGUCCCUCGGUUGUCCUGUGUGAAAAGAUGAAUCUCAAAAUCAUAGUCAUUGUUGGAAGGGGUUCUGCUGAAAAAUGUUAGAAAUGCUGAAAGACCAAAGACUUUGUGGGACCUCAUGGAUUUUUCUGAAGAAUAGCAGGCAGUUUAACUGACAAACAAGGGACUCGUGAACAACUAUCACUAAACAAAAAAAUUCAGGUAACAACACAGUUUUAAAAAUCAAGCGUAUGUAAACUUUUGAACGGGUCAUUUUAUAAAUUCAACUAUUAUUUUCUCUUGUAGACUGUAUGUAAACAUCUUUUAUGUGAAAUAUAUUAUGCAGGUCAGUACUAAAUAAAAAAACAUGUAUCCCUCUUAUUUUGCUAAAAUAACAUCUUGCAGAUUCUGCAAGGUGUAUGUAAACUUUUGACCUCAACUGUAUAUAGACUUGAAACAUGUUCUUGUGAGAUUCACCCAUAUCGUGCACAUUGCAAUCAAUUCGGGCAAGUGACUUGAAUCAGAUUGAUGAGCUGUCAAGACUUUUUCACCCAAAGACUCCAAAACGAUUUUCUUAGUUGUAUCUCAGGAUCUGACGCUCUGACAUUUAUUUUGGCAGAGGCUGAGAAUGUCUCAUGUUUCAUUCAGUAUAUUUCUCCAGUUCUGUGUAGGACAGAAAAAUAACAAAUGUUUGUUCCCUGGCAUGAGUGUGAAUGAGAGUACACUGACAGAGAUGUUUUAGUCAGCUGUAUCAUGUUGCAUCGACCGUCUGCUUUAGAUGUUUCUCUGGCUUUGGCAUCUCUUCAUGCGUACAGCCAAAAACCACCACCACCCAUGGUUUUCAACACAAAUAUGUAAGCGUUAAACUGAACAGUGACAGUAAAGUGGAGAGAUGCCACAUUUGAACUUGACAUGGGCUUGUUUGGACAGCUGGCAACCAGUCGCUCAGAGCUUUAAAAUGUCAUUUUAUCAUAACUAACAUGUUUCUUAGAAAGCUCAAAUGAACAUAAAUGCCACUUAAGAUGAUAAAAUAUAUAUCUACAUAUACACAGUUUGAUCUGGGUUUUUUUUUCCAACAAAUAUUUGCUAUUUAUGACUAAUCUGAACAUUUGAAGACACCUCAACUAAUUAAGUGUCAUUGCCUUUCGCCCUCUCCUUACAGAUGCUUUCAAAUCUGAUAACGAAGUAAAUCCAAAUGUGGCACUGUGCCAUUUUAAUGGGGAAAUUGCAAUGAUGUGAUUGUCAUUUUUAUUGUCAGUUUAGUCAGCUGCAGGUCAGACAUUACUUGUUUCCCUGCGAUCGAGCAGCUGCGAGUGAUUAACAUUGUUCCCAUCAGAAUUGGACUGAAGUCUCUCGUGUUUUACAAGUGCGGGCUGUGUUUGGCAGGCUGAUGCACUACUGCAAGCACCUGCAAGCAUUAAUCGUUCCAUCAACUUGUCAUAAAUCUGUCAACCUGUUUACAAAUAUGAAGAAAAUUCCCUAUUAUAAAGCAGUAGCAGUGUUUCAGCAAACACAUAUUGUGGCUAAUUUGCCCAUUCUGUCAUCAUUUGCUCGCCCUCAUGUCCUUCCAAGACUUUGUUGUAAUGUAAAAGAUCUCUUUUUUAUACAAUGAAUGUGGAUGGAGACCAAGUCCAAAGUACAAGUACAAAAACAUCAUAAAAGCUGUCUAUAUGUGACCUCUGCACUAUAUUCCAACUCUGAAGCCAUAUUAUAACAGUUUCACUGUAUGAAAAAGAGCAGCUUGAACAUUAUUACAAACGUCUCACAGUUUUAUAGGGGAGAAUAAAUUGUGACAGAUUUUUAAUUUUAAGCCUCACCAAAAUAUUAGGGCAAAAAAGGCACUUUUUCCCCUCAGACAUUAUCCUUAUCGGUUCCUUUAUUAGGCCCAUUUGUCUUGCAGUCUGUGAAAUCGUAACUGGCACUCGAAGCCAAAAUUUAACAUGUGGGUUUUGCUAGCCUCAGAUUUCCCAAGACCUCCGUAUCCAGCCAAGAAUAACUAUAUGAUUUGUUACUCUUCACACAAGACAAAGUGAGUUUAGCGAUCAAUUGUGUUCGGUUAUUCAAUUCCCCUUUGAUUGAAUGUGACCGUUUUCUCACCUAUGACGGCGAAAUCUUUCAGCCUCAGGUGAAACAUCCUUCCAAACUUUCCAGAAAUGUCGAGUUUUCGGUCAUAUAAGCUCAAUUUUGUGUCCUUGAGGCUAGUUAUAUUAGCUACAAAACAUAAACAUGUAGGAAUUGUGCCUAAUAAUGUAAAUAAAUCAAAUAAAGUACAG